AUGUCCAGUUUCAAGAGUGUCCUUCUUAUCGGCGCCAAUGGCUCUAUUGGGAGUUAUGUACUGGCUGCCCUUGAGGCUCAAUCGGAUUUAACCAUCACCCUUUUACAACGCUCUUCAUCCAAGACGAAAUUGCCGUCCCAUCUUAAAACCAUCACCAUUGCAGAUACAUAUCCGACCAAUGAGCUGGUACCAGCAUUCACAGGUCAAGAUGUGAUUGUCAACUGCAUGACAUCCCUCUCAGUCGCCGACCAAUUUCGCAUGAUCGACGCUGCCAUCACUGCAGGCGUCAAGCGAUAUGUUCCAAGCGAAUAUGGGCUUAACAACAUGCGACCCGAUGCCCAGGCUCUCAACGCUGUGUUCCACGACAAAGGGAAGGUGCAAGAGUACUUGCGGUCCAAGGCGGAUCAAGGUGUCUUGGAAUGGAUGUCCAUCUCUUGCGGCAUGUGGCUGAAAUGGAGCAUGGUGCACGAAUUUCUUGGGAUGCAUGUCAAAGAAAAGAGAUUUGUAUUUUGGGAUAAUGGGGAGGGUUUGAUGUCAUUCACCACGGAAGAGAACACAGCUACCGGCUUGGUAAAAGCCCUGCAAAUGCCCGAGGAGACGAGAAACACAAACGUGCUUCUCAGCGAUUUCGCCGUCUCACAGAAGCAGUUGUUGGACGCCAUUGAGAGAAUUCAGGGCGCGAAAUAUGAGACCGAAACCAUCGACAGCCUUGCGUACAUCGAAGAGAAGCAGGCGGCUGUGAAGAACGGAGAUGACUCUGCCACAUUCGCACUGAUUGAAACGGGGUUCGUUACCGGAAGAUAUGGUGGGCACCUGGAGAAGGAGGGUCCUAUUUUCAACGAACGGCUUGGUCUUCCAAAGAAGUCAUUAGAUGAGGUUGUAGAGAAGGCGCUCAAAUUUGUUGGUGCCAUCUAA